GUCAAACGAGCAACGAAGUUUGGUCACUGGCAAUAAAAUGACGCAAUUCCUUCCCCGUAGCAACGUGACGAUGACAUCUGUGAUACAGUAUCAAGCAAGAAAAGCGACUGUCGCUUCCAUAAACGCUCAGUCAAGAUCUAUCGGUGGUACGUCGGCUUAUAGCUUUCCAGGAUUUGCAAAAAUCGUUCAUAAACUAGACUGUCACUCGGUAGUGCCAUCAGUCAGCAAAAAAAUGGGUCGCCCCAUUGUGUCGCGGGAAAACGCGUGCUUCGAGGGAAACAAUUUAGCCUAUGUUUCGCUUCGGGCGCUGUGUAACGCGUGUUUCGAUCAACGUCGUUGCUAAUACCUCGUUUUCAAACGAGUUUAAAGGAUUAAUUCGUUGCAAUAGAGUCGACGCGCGAAUUGAAAGAGUAAAACGACGAUGAAAAUGUUCAGUUAGGUACGAGGCAGAUUUGUUAUGAUUGUUAUACAAUGAUAGUAGGUUUAUCGGAUCAACGGAUACGAUGAACAUACGGAUGGCUACCGUCGAAAAUAAAAGUUUCGUUUGUUCAUUUCAUGCUACAAAAGCGAUCGUAAGUUUUGAAAAGGACAUGCAUCUGAACGUUUACUAUGAUUACGCUUGUUCACAAAAUUUCUGACAAAAUGUUUCACAAUGAACUUUGCUUCGAUGAACUAAUAGACAUUUUCAAAUGUUACGUCCUAGAAAUUGGCAUCUUUGUACUAUCCUUGUUGAUCCAGUCUGACAUUUUAUUGCAAAACGAAUGCGUUAAUCUUAUGAAUAAUUGUUAUUGUACACAUAAUAAUUAUAAUAUAUAACAGUUCAUUUUUUUUAAAUUAUUACUUACAUUCUAUCCAAUGUCUGCAACGAAACGCUGGC